UCAAACAUGGAAGGUUACAUUUCUUCUUGCCAUCUUCUGCUCGCAUUCCUGAUCUUCACGGCUCUCCUAUUGGUCUCUCCGCCAGUCUCCGCCGCCUCCCAGUCUCAGCACUACAAAACCUUCAUAAGAACCUCCUGCAACGUCACAACCUACCCGGCCCUUUGCUACAAGACCCUCUCGCCCUACGCCACCACCAUCAAAUUAGACCCCUGGAGUCUCUGCAACGCCGCCCUCUCAGCCGCCGUCACGGCCGCCCAGAAAUCGUCCUCCACGGUAUUGAAGCUAGCCAAGAAGAAGCGUUUGAAGGCCAGAGAGGCUGCAGUGAUCUGGGACUGCAUAGAGAACAUCCAGGACAGCAUUGAAGAGCUCAAGCAAUCGGCCAACGCCAUGAGAGGCAUUGGCGGCAGUGAAGAUAAGCGGUUUGAGAUGGCGAACAUCAAGACAUGGAUCAGCGCCGCCAUAACCGACCAGGAUACUUGUACGGAUGGAUUUGUUGACAGCGAAGUGAGUGGCAAUGUGAAGAAGAAGAUAAAUCGCCGCAUUUCCAUGUUCAUCGGAGUGGCAAGUAAUGCUUUGUCUCUCCUCAACCAGCUCAGUUAUUAAGAAUGCUCCACAUAUCUACGUACAUAUGUUCCCCUCCCUCCAAAUAAUGCAGUUUUAAUCAAAAUAAUAAUGCAGUUUUAAUCAAAAUAAUA